UCCCCAUCGGCAAGCACGAACAAUGAUCAGGAGCAUCACAGCGGGGCUGAGAAGGGUGACAGUGAGCGGUUCAUCGUCCCCUGUGCCGCUGCGCAUGGUCUCCACCAGCCGCGCGACCCUCUCAGAGGCAACAGCACCGACUCAAGCUUCGCCUGCGCCGUCCGACCAAGCUCCCUCACCUGCUCCGCCAGCUCCUGCUCCCUCUCGAUCACUUCCUGGGUCCUCUUCUUCCGCUCCGCCACCACCGCCGCCCAUCUCUGCCUUGACUCGGCGCACCGCAUACUCGUCCCUUCGUGGGCACGACACGCCGCCCUUCCGCCUUCACAUCCAGUCCACACGCACAAACACGAUCCUGACGCUCACCGACCCCUACGGCAACGUCCUGAGCGCCGUCUCGGGUGGCUCCCUGGGCACCUUUAAAAAGGCAGCGCGGUCCGGUUACGAAGCUGCAUACCGCGCGAGCCUGUCGAUGUUCAACACCAUUGCCAACAAGCGCAUCGGCUGGCGGAUGAAUAAGCUCGAGCUCGUCUGGAAGGGCUUCGGACAGGGUCGAGAAGCCGUCUUUCGAGCGCUCAUGGCAAAUGAAGGGAGGAACACCAGGCUGCUCGUCAGCAGGAUGUCGGACGCCACCAAAAUCAAAGUUGGAGGCGUGAGGCCGAAAAAGCGAAGGAUGCUCUAGAGGCUGUGGGCCUUUUUCAUGUACAAUACUGCAACACAAGACUCUCUCCUCCUUUUUCUUGAUUCCUUCUUUUCGAUUAACAAGGGCAAAACAAACAACUGAUAGAUUCCGCCCUUCGAGCAAAGGAGACCAGGGUGUCAAACGAGUGUGGUGAGCUAAGGAAGCAGGG